AUGGUAGAUAAGAGCCAAGAGGUCAAAGAACAAGCCCAGGAAUCCAGUGGUGUUGUAUUAGCUGACAAGAGUAUUGUAAGAAAUAGGACACUUAAGAACAAAGAAACAAUCAUGAAGAUGGAAGAGAUUGACAAUGAUACAGAGAUGGAGCUUAUACGUAUGAAGAUUGUCAAAGCUCGGGCAAGAUUAGGCACGUCAUUCAUGGAGAUUCCAACUGGUCGCGAGUACGAUUCAUUGGCUGACGUAGUGUUGGACAAAGUAGUGCACAACGCACUGGAAAAGACGUCCAAGACGACGUUAUUGAUGCAUCCAUUAGUUGAGACACUUGUGCAUAAAGGAAAAUGUAUAGUCCAAGACGAGAACAAAAAUGAAGAUUGUGGCAACGUUGUUUGCUCAGGAGUUAUGGACAAUGUAUUAGUUGCUAAGAGUGAAAACAAAGAGAAGGACGCUUCGCAAGUCGGGACUUUGAAGGGCAUGUGUCUUUUGACCAUGAAGCAGAAUUUUGACAGCAAUGACGUGAAGGAGGCAAAGGGCAAUCGCUCAAUAAGUAGUGUCAUUGUAAACGAUGGUGUCGUAACAGCAUCGCCUUUGACAAUAGCGAGUAAGACUGCCAUGCCGAUGGGUUUUGGGUUGGCGAGCAAACAAUUGACCGGUGGCGAUGAAGAACAGAUUAGAGCGUCAGCACAACCAGUAACAUCCGCAACUCCACCACAGUCACCGAUGUCAGCACCUAAUCGAACCUCAAGUGAGGACGGAUUUGUAUGCACUCCUGAGGCUAAGAAAGAACCACGCAAUGAGGUUAUGAGACCUGAAGUUGUUGAAGAAGCAAAGACCGAGCGCGCCGACCAUCUUUCUCUCAAUGAGUUUCUCAUCUCCGAAUUGGAGGCAUAUUGCUUGCGAUUACUUGGAAGAGAAUGUCCAAACAGUGGGUCUUCCGAUGUAAGUGGUCUUGCUCGAAUCACCAGCCUGCAGCUUUAUCAGGAUCACCAACGAGCUCUCAUGGAUUUUGAUGACGAGUGGAAAAGGUCUCACGCUGGUAGUUAUCGAGGCUAUUCGCCAAAGACCUCCAAAGAACUUAUAGUAGCACCAGAAAAUGUUCACACCAACCCAUUUCAACAUGAAUCUGCUGUCACAUCUGGUGUGGACGGUUGGACGGCGCUAGUACAUCAAGUGAGAGCUUCUAGCACGAAGUCGACUUUAUUAGGAACAUAUUCUUCGCGUGAAGUGAAAGCUGAAGAAGGUAUUGACGAUCUAUUUGUUGCGUACAAGCAAGGAUCGAAUGGAAUUAUUGUUGGCGAUGAUAAUUUUCACAUGAAACGUCUUCAGGUCAGUGCUUUUUUGGCCCAGAUUGUCUCAAGUCAAAGCACCUCAGCGUUUUAUAUUGUCACGGCUGCUGGUUCUGACCUCGCACAAUGGGAAAAGGCACUGUCAUCUGAACGGCUUAUUCAGUUGUACCCAUAUUGGGGAUGCAAGCAAGAUCGCCAAAACUUGCUGCAGUUGCUGAACAACGAGUAUUUGUCAAGUCGAAACCUGUCAGCGCACGUUCUUCUUACCAGCUAUGAAAUUUUUAUGGAAGACAUACUGGUCUUGAACUCACUGCAAUGUCAGCUCAGCUUCAUUGAUAUUCCGCGACAAGGUGCUGGCCAAAUUGCGAUGAUUUGGCCACAGUUGCUUUCGCUUCGGUGUCGUCAACGCUUUUUGCUGUGUCAACCUGGAUUUGAGGUUGAUGCGCGUAGGUUGUUACACUUUGUCGUGCCUGAGCUGUUCAGCUCACGGCGAAAGCUAUUGGCAUGGAAUGGUGCAGCUCUUCGCAAUGAUCAAAUUUGUGCCUUAUGUGGUGUGUUGAAGGCCUUUGUGGUUGUCACACAUGUGGAUGCUUGUGCUGCAUUUGUGUCGAUGGUGGAGUCACGUACUAUGCAAAAUUGCGAAGGUGAAAUGGCAGCCCUGGAUAUUCUGAAUAAGCAAGGCAUUGUGAGGUCAAUACAGCCAUCAAUCUUGAUGCCUAUCAAGCGUACACUGAGUAAAAAGGCUCGUAACCGCGCUCGCAGGCAUAUCCCUGCAAAGGGAAUAAUCGAAUUGCAACAAGCUUCGUUGGAUCCUGUGGACUCGCAACUUACCAUCACGGCUCCGAGCAACCAUUUGAAGAAGCGAAUUGGAAGCGAUGGGACACCUGGCUCCCGCCAGCGGAUUGGUCGUUGCGGAAACUGUGCUGGGUGCUUGGCUGAAGACUGUAUGAAAUGUGGGCACUGUCAGGAUAUGAAAAAAUAUGGCGGGCCUGGGCUUCGAAAGCAGUCUUGUAAGUACCGUAAAUGCCUGAACCCAAAGAUAUGGGGGUUGGCAUCCCGAAAGAGAAAGCGUAAGACGAAGCGUGUUAGCGGCAUGAGCAGUGUAAAGGGUCCGGAAGUUGACGACGAAAGCUUUGUAGCAUAUUCUUCAGUGGAAAGCGAUGGUGAGUCUGUAUCAACUGUGACGUACGGGAACGGCGCAUCAGAUGAUGAAUCAUUUCGCUACUCGAGCGCUACGAUGGACUCUCCUCGCGAUUUGUUACUGCCAAUGAGCGAUACCCUCUUGGACGACCAUUUGUCUCUUAGUGACUUGAGUUCUCGAUACGCGUCUGCCCGCUCGCGUGUAGUGCGAUGUGGAGAGUGUGAAGGAUGUCAUGCACCGGACUGUAUGAAAUGCCCUCAUUGCCUUGACAUGAAGAAGUAUGGAGGACCUGGACUUCGAAAGCAAACAUGCAAAAAUCGCAAAUGUAAUGCUCCCAAGACUGUCAUAUUAAACCGUGCAAAAGGUGGUCACGAUCAGUAUGUGGAUGAGAUGGGGAACGUGAUUUACAGCGCCCUGAAUGAUAGUACAUUUCCAGAGUUCUACGAUGCCUCGGAUUCGUCAGACCGACCAGAGCCGACAACGUUGUCGCCAAAUGUUCAAAGUCAGUCGGAAGUGCUGUCCGUUGUUCAAGAAUGCGAGCGCUAUGUAACACCACGGCUGGGUUUUACGUGUGUGAAUUGUGCUGCGCGCUUCAGCUCGAGCAAAGUGCUCAGUUUUCACGCAAAGGUUGAGCAUUCCUCUUCAACAGACCAACAACACGUAGUUCUGCCGACGGCGUUGGAGCGGGAGGCUAGCCGUCUGUUUACACGUCCGAGUUUUCAAAACGCCAUGAUUAGUGCUCAACUCAAGCAGCAGGGUCAUAGCUCGCACAGCUCGCCCCUGGGAUAUGCAAAGCUGGAGGGCCAAAACUUUGAGUUCUACUUUAUCGAUCCGUUGGUCGUUCUCGGACGUAUGAAUCCUGAGUGGUGUAAACUGUACGAGAAGCUGGGUUUUGGGACUCUCAAGGGCCUUGCUGGUGACAAUAUUGAUUGCCAUAUUGGAAGCGAUAGCAUGAUUACAGCCAAGCAUGCUGUGAUCUCUUGGGAUGCUUGUCUUGGCAGCUUUGUGAUCGACUGUUUGAGUCUUCGAACGCCAAUUUUUGUCAAUGGUUGCGAAAUCAGUUUCUCGUCAUCCCCAGUGGCGCUAAGCAGUAGGAAUUUGGUGCAGAUUGGUACAAGUAUUUUCUACUUCCUAUUGCCCAAGGUAACAAAGAUGAAAAGCGUCACCACAGCAAGUUGA